AUACACUCGGACCAAUCAAAUCGAAAGAGUGUAUGCCACUGUUUUUAGUGAGGGGGAGGGUGUGUAAUAUUCAAGUAACUUACGUUGGCUUUUCUCCCAGAUAGAAUUUGGUCUGGGAAUUUCAAUUUUAAAUCUGAGGGGUAGUUUGGAGCUCACUUCAAGAAAACAGCCUGUAAAGUGUUAGCUUCUCAACUUCUUUAACAACAGCAGGUACACGCACACGGGUACCAUGACGACAGAGGUGGGAUCUGAGACGGAGGUGAAGAAGGAGCCGGAAAAGGCAGAAUCGCAGCAGGAACAGCCAGCGGCAACCGCGUCGAAGGAAGAACCCGCCAACGAGGCCAAGCCCGAGGCUGAACCAGCCGCCUCCGAACCCCCCACAGCAGCAGCAGAACCAGCAGCCGCCGCCACAGCAGCAGCAACAGCCUCCGACACCCCAGCCGCCGAGGAGCAGCAGCAGACCUCCGAGAGCGAGCAGGCCAAGGCUGAGGAGCCCAAGGCGGAGGACAAGAAGGACAAGAAGGAGAAGGAGGGCAAGGAGGGCAAGGGCAUCUCCCGGUUCCUCCCUCCAUGGCUUAAGAGGUCCAAGUCCCAAAGCCAGGUGGGACCCAAAGAGAGCGCGCCCAAGGAGGGGAGCGUGGAGGCUGUGAAAGAGGAGGAGGAGGAGAAGAAGGAGGAGGAGGAGGAGGGCAAGGCAGCAGAGGAAGACAAGGUCGACGGGGAGCAACAGGCUCAGGCCGCAACAGCGGAUCAGUCCCAGGAGCUGAAGGAGGCAACCGCAGAGGAGGUGCCGUCCGCUCAGGAGCCCAAAGCAGACGACAAGGAGGAGGAGAAGCACUCUAUAGGCAGCGCCGACACACAGCCCGCCAAGGAGGAGAAAGGUGAGGACUCCCAGGAGAAGGACGCUGAGGAGACGAAGGCUGAGAACGGAGUAGAGGAGGAGGCCAGCGAGGAGGCCAAGAAGGAGGACGAGGCCACGGACAAGGCCGACACUAGUAUCCUGUCCCCACUGCGACUCACCAAGAAGAUCAAGAUGGUCCUGUGUCAGGUCACCAUGCUGGACGGCAGCCAGUUCACCUGCGAGGCGGAGAAACGGGCAAAGGGCCAGUACCUGUUCUUCAAAGUCUGUGAGCAGCUCAACCUGCUGGAGAAGGACUACUUCGGCCUGUGCUUCAAAGACAACGCAGACCAGAAGUGCUGGCUGGACCCUCUGAAGGAGAUCAAACGGCAGAUCAGAAAUGGUCCAUGGAACUUUUCAUUCAACGUCAAGUUCUACCCUCCAGACCCCUCUCAGCUAACGGAGGACAUCACCAGGUACCUGCUGUGUCUGCAGCUGCGACAGGACAUUGCGUCGGGCCGGCUGCCGUGCUCGUUUGUGACGCACGCGCUGCUGGGCUCUUACACACUGCAGGCCGAGCUGGGCGACCACGACCCCGACGAGCACCGCACCGACUACACCAGCGACUUCCAGUUCGCCCCCAACCAGACCCGUGAGAUGGAGGAGAAGGUGGUGGAGCUGCACAAGUCCCACAGAGGGAUGACUCCGGCUCAAGCAGACAGUCAGUUCCUUGAAAACGCCAAGAAGCUGUCCAUGUUCGGCGUGGAUCUGCACCAUGCUAAGGACUCUGAGGGGGUGGACAUCAUGUUGGGGGUGUGUGCCAAUGGCCUGCUCAUCUACAAAGACCGACUGCGGAUAAACCGCUUCGCCUGGCCAAAGAUCCUCAAGAUCUCCUACAAGCGCAGCAACUUCUACAUCAAAAUCCGGCCGGGAGAGACGGAGCAGUUUGAGAGCACCGUCGGCUUCAAGCUGCCCAAUCACCGCGCCGCCAAGAAGUUAUGGAAGGUCUGCGUGGAGCACCACACCUUCUUCAGGUUGAUGACCCCUGAGCAGCCCACCAAGGCCAAGUUCCUCACGCUGGGCUCCAAGUUCCGCUACAGCGGACGCACCCAGGCCCAGACGAGACAGGCCAGCUCGCUCAUCGACCGGCCCGCGCCUUACUUCCAACGUACCUCCAGCAAGCGCAUCUCCCGGAGCUUGGACGGAGCUCCGGUGAUCAGUGUGACCAGUGAUGGCUCGAGCCCUCUUGGUGAGAAGGAGAACGGGCGAGACCCCGCCCUGGAGCUCUCCUCCGACUCCAAGGAUGAAGAUGAGAUGCCCGGCGAUGGAGCUGCCGCCGCAACCACGGCCGCCACUUUCGACUCCGCCGAGGAGGAUGCAGAAGAAUCGGAGGCCAUCUUGAGAAAGAGCAAGUUGAGAGUGCAGGGCGAAAAUAUAUAUGUCAGACAUAGCAAUUUAAUGUUGGAGGACCUGGAUAAGACCCAGGACGAUGUUUUGAAACAUCAGGCUAGCAUUAGCGAGUUAAAGCGCAGCUUUAUGGAAGCCACCCCCGAGCCGCGCCCCAGUCAGUGGGACAAGCGGCUCACCGCCAGUCCCGUCACCAGCCUGCGUCUGCAGGCCCAAGGGAGCUUAGAAGAGGAGCUUACCUCCCUUUUUAUGAGUAAGGCCAGCUUUUCCCUAGGCCUGGUGUCUUCUUGCACUACCACAGCCGGAGCAGCAGAGGGCACUCUAGUCGCUGUGCCCGUGGGCCAGCGCUCUGCCGAGAAAUCUCCGCCCCGAAUGGAGACCUUCCUUCCGGAGAGCAAAGACGUCGCCAAGAGCGCAGACAACAAACAGAAAUCUGAGGCUGUCGCCGUGGCGACCACUGCCACGCAGCCUGUGGUUGAGAUAGAGGAGACUGUAAUCGUCGAGGAGGUCAGGAAAACCCCCAAACCAGCGACGUCCGCAAUCCCGGAGGUGCACGCCGCACCUACCACGGAGCCACAGGCAGCAGCGGUGGCCGCCAGGGAGGCCAGCGCCUCCUCGGACAGCGAGAGCGAAGAGGAGGCCGAGUACCACCCGCAGAUCACCAGUGUCUCCGUGGAACAGAUCAAGGAGGAGCCAGAGGAAGAGGAGCAGGAAGAAGCCGAGCUCAACAAGCAGCAGCACCAACCAGAGCCCUCGCCUCUGCCACAGCCAAUUGCUGAAACCGAACCCGAACCGGAGCCCGCCCCCGCUCCCUCUCAGCCAGUUAUUGAAGAUGGCACCCCUGACACCAAAGAAGACGCCCAGCCCCCCGUGGAAGUGGUGGAGGAUGAUGGGAUAGUGGAAGAGGAGAUGAUGGUGACCCCGGAGGAGGCUCCUAACGGCUACUCGGCGGCCGAGGGACAGGGUCUGGGUUCUCUGGAGGAGGAAGACCAGGAGCCGCGUGUGAACGGAGACGCGUUGCACGUGGACACCGAUCACCUCCCGCAGGUUAUUUGUUGCUCUGAGCCCCCAGUGGUGAAGACAGAAAUGGUGACCAUCUCGGACACGUUUGCGGCCCAGAAGACGGAGAUCGCCACCAAGGAGGUGCCCAUUGUCCACACAGAGACCAAGACCAUCACAUACGAGGCAGCGCAGUUGGACGGUAGUGGCGAUGGCGAGCCCGGUGUUCUGAUGACAGCCCAGACCAUCACCUCGGAGUCUUUGUGCACAACCACCACCACUCACAUCACCAAGACACUAAAAGGAGGGCUGUCGGAGACCCGGAUUGAGAAACGUAUCGUCAUCACGGGCGACUCGGACAUCGACCACGACCAGGCCCUGGCGCAGGCUAUAAAGGAAGCCAAAGAGCAGCACCCCGACAUGUCAGUGACGCGGGUGGUGGUCCACAAAGAGACAGAGCUAGCCGAGGACGAGGACUGAGAGCAACAGAGUUGAAGGAUUCCAACCACCCCCCCAUCCCAUCCCACCCCCCAGCAGUAAGAUGGUUCUGGAGUAGGAUGGAGAGCGACUCCGUGGACACUGCGGGGACCGAUAGGACGAUGCUGCCCUGUCUGUCACACCUUCAUCUGUCGAUUUCUAUUUUUAAUCAUUCUGAAAAACGAGAACCACUUAGCUAACAUUUGUAGCGUGUUUUUUUUCCCUAGUGCAACCCCCCCACCCCACCCUCAUUCCACCAACCCCCCCCCCACACACACACACACACACACACACCCAACCCCCCCACCCUUCCUCCUUUUUAUUUUCAAAACAGCCUACCAUUGUAUAAGCCAGAUAGGAUUUCAGUAACUGGUUAUUUUUUAUUGUCGUAGUAUUCACCACAUUCCUAGUGUGUACAGUGUGGGGGAUUAUGUAUUGAAGGGGAAGAAACAAACAAAACAAGAAAAUCUUUUAAAAAUCACAAAAAAAACAGCAUUUUUACAAUCCAUCGCUGGAUUCACAAUGUCAGACAUUUUUGUUUUUUUGAGUGAUUGGGCUGAGAAGCUAGCUUUGAACUUGGUUUGGUACAGUAUGGUAUUAUUUUUUGUUGGGCCAAGCAAUUUUUGUAUCAUUUUUUGGGAGGAUGAAUGGGAGGGAGGGUGGAGUGGGUUAGGAAGUGGCCGAGGGACAUAAGAAACAUAACUUCCUGAACAUUUCAUUCAUUUGGUGUGUUUCCAAGGGACCAGCUAAAAGGACGGAGCACUGUGUCAUUUUGUACGUUUGCACUACAGUGCCAACAACAUUCUCUUUCUAUGCAGUUGAGGGGGAAAAAACACUUAAAAAACAUUCCACAUCAGGGAGGUGCUUCCACAACUACCUCCCUCUGAAAAACAAAACAAUAACAACAAUUAAUUGUUUUAAAAAUAUAUGAUGGGAAAAAAUCAUAAAACAAAACUAGGCAGCUUGGAAACUUUUUUGCUUUUUCUGUAACUUUCUGGCUUCUUUAAUCAGAUAUAUAUUUGUAGAAAUCUUUUUUUUUAUUUUUUUUUUUUUAAAUCUUUUAAACUGUCUUUAUCUUUAAAACCAAUUUAGAUGUCAUUGAGGUGGGUUUGUGUGCCCUUUUAAAUAUUUUUAAUAUAUUUCCUUGGGGAACUUUUUUGACAAAAUGAAUCAGCGACACAAAAAUGAAUUACCAGUUUCAAUCUUGUACAUGUAUACCAGAGCUAGCUUCCCCUCUCUGCUUGCGCGCUCUCUGCUAUCUGAAAUCACAGAAGAAGAAAAAAACAAACCUUCGAUGGCACAACUGGCUCUUUGGACCCUGUGUAAAUCAGAUGACAGUUGGUUUUAGCAGCUUGAAAGAAAACAUUUGUGUUUUGUGUUUUUACCCUUCUUCCACAAACCCAUGCCCUCAAAUUCAGUGUAACACUGUUCAAAAUAAAAGUUUGUUUAUUCUCUAA